GAAGGCUGAUCAGAAAAAUAUGUUUCACCUUGAGUUGUAAUAAUACUGUGGACAGAAGGGACUCAGGGACUUGUUUAUUGGGGACUAGAUUCACGCUAUGUCGUAGAAGUUCCCAAUGCAAAACUAUGGAUAACUACGUAGUCGGCAUGCACCCUAACCACUACUGUCCGGUGACAAGGACGUAUAAAAGAGUGUAUCUACCCGUGACCUACAGUAUAGUCUUCAUACUGGGACUUACUUUGAACGGGGCGCUACUCUGGCUGGUAUGCAGCCGCACGCGCAAGUGGAGUUGCUCGGCCGUCUACAUGGCCAAUCUAGCGGUGGCGGACCUGCUCUACGUGCUGGCCCUGCCUCUGCUGAUCGUCAGCUACGGCAUGGACGACCUCUGGCCGUUCGGGGACAUCAUCUGCAAGGCCGUGCGCUUCUUUUUCUACACCAAUCUCCACUGUGGAAUGAUGUUUCUGAUGUGCAUCAGCGUCCAUCGGCUCUUGGGCGUGUGUUACCCCAUUAAGGCCAUGCGUUAUCGGACUAAGAGGCUCGCCGUCCUCGCCUCAAGCAUGAUCUGGAUACUGGUGACCGCAGAAGUUUUGCCCACUCUAGUUUUCGCCCACACUGGCUUCAUCAACAAUAUGACGGUCUGUUUCGACAUGACCAGUCCAGGAGAAUUCAAGGCGUAUUUCCCCUACGGGUUGUUUCUGGCUGUCGUGGGCUUUCUAAUCCCUGUCCUGGUCAUCCUCAUUAGUAACUGUUCAAUGGUGAGAGUUUUAUCCAAACAGCAAUGGGACCUUUGCUCAAUUGGGACAGCGAUGCGCAACAAGUCCAUUCGCACCCUGAUGAUUGUGUCUCUAAUCUUCGUCGUGUGUUUCGGGCCGUAUCAUAUCACAAGGACCCUGUACUUGUUUGUGCGAGUUUACAUGGCUACCAAUUGUAGAGUUCUCAACGUGGUUAUGUUGAGCUAUAAGAUAUGGAGGCCCAUUGUAAGCGUACACUGUUGCGUCAACCCUAUCCUCUACUUCAUCGGCUCCAACAGAAAACGCAAACUUCUCUGGACGGUUUUAGCCCGAAAGCGAGUGCAUCCUACUGUGUGGACAGUGCAAGCUCAAGAACAGGCACAGAACAAUGAAACCGAACCAUCUGGUAGUGGGAAGAGUUGAUGCAUUUCCUGAAAAGAAACAGCUCAACUAAACUGGGUUGUUGUCAUAUGGGACAUCUUUCGUUAUUACAGCUUUCUGUAAGAAGAAAAAAAGUCCUCAUGCGAAUGCAUGAUGGUUGUGUUUUUGAUUGAAGAAGCAUACUUUAUUGAUAAAUAUGUGAUUCAAAUCUAAAGACUAAAACAGUGAAAUGCUAUUUUAUUUUAUAUUGAUUUAAUUAUUUGUGGUG